GGGAUUUCUCUUUACGGCAUGCGCCAUUAGAUGAACGCGGGGAGCAGGAGGCAGCAAGAGUUUUUCUUACUCAUACGUUUUUCUCCUUAUGUGACGGUGGUUAAGAUUGUCGUUCAUUUGACAGUGUACAGACACUGUUUUGGGAUAUCAAAAUCCAUAUUUUUUACUUUGUUCGUUUGCAAUUACAUUAGUAAGGCGGAAGGAGAAUAACAGUCCUAGUGCUCCAUCAUCAUGGCUGAUGACUUUGACAUAGAAGAAAUGCUUGAGGCUCCGUAUCGAAAGGAUGAGAUCAAGCCCAUUAGUCCGAAUGGACAUGAGGAACGCAGCAAGAAGAAAAAAAAGAGCAGGAGCCGAAGCAGAGACAGGAAGAGAAGCAAGAGCCGGGAUCGGAAGAAGAGUCAUGACCACAAGAGAAGCAAGAGCCGCGAGCGCAAGAGGAGCCGCAGCAAGGAAAGACGCCGGAGCCGCUCUCGGAGCAGGGAGCGUGGUGGACGCUACAGGGACCACAAGACUACCUUCUCUGGGCCGAAAUUUAACGGUGGUUCGAGAGGAAAGAUUGGCCCUCCACCUGUCAUCAAGCUAAGCCGAAGACGUUCCAGAAGCCGAAGUCCUUUCAAGAAAGAGAAGAGUCCUGUGAGGCAGCCAAUAGACAACCUGACUCCAGAGGAACGGGAUGCUCGUACUGUGUUCUGCAUGCAGCUGGCAGCUAGAAUCCGACCACGUGACCUGGAAGAGUUCUUCUCUGCUGUAGGAAAAGUGCGAGAUGUACGGAUGAUCUCUGAUAGGAAUUCGAGGAGGUCGAAGGGUAUUGCUUACAUCGAGUUUGUGGAGGCCAACUCGGUGCCCCUGGCUAUAGGAUUGUCUGGCCAGCGCCUUCUGGGGGUGCCGAUCAUUGUUCAGGCCUCACAGGCUGAGAAAAACAGAGCUGCUGCCAUGGCCAACAACCUUCAAAAGGGCAAUGCUGGUCCGAUGAGGCUCUAUGUCGGAUCCUUACACUUUAACAUCACAGAGGAGAUGCUGAGAGGAAUCUUUGAGCCUUUUGGAAGGAUUGAAAGUAUUCAGCUCAUGAUGGACAGUGAGACCGGGAGAUCCAAAGGAUAUGGCUUCAUCACUUUCUCGGACGCUGAGUGUGCCAAGAAGGCCCUGGAGCAGUUGAACGGGUUUGAACUGGCCGGCCGGCCCAUGAAGGUGGGCCAUGUGACAGAGCGCACCGAUGCCUCCACUGCCAGCUCCUUCCUGGACAGCGAUGAGCUGGAAAGGACAGGCAUUGACCUGGGAACCACUGGGCGCCUGCAGCUCAUGGCCAGACUGGCUGAAGGCACAGGAUUGCAGAUUCCACCAGCUGCGCAGCAAGCCCUACAAAUGAGUGGGGCCAUUGCUAUUGGUGCCAUGGCUGCUGUAUCAGCUGCCAUGAAUCCUGCUAUGAAUAUGAACAUGAACAUGAACAAUAUGAACAUGAAUACUGCCAUGAACCUGCCAUCUCAGCCAAUUGCUACGCACUGUUUCCAGCUGUCAAACAUGUUCAACCCUCAGUCUGAAGAUGCCCCGGGCUGGGAUGUUGACAUUCAACAUGAUGUCAUUGAGGAAUGUAACAAACACGGAGGAGUUGUGCACAUAUACGUUGAUAAGAAUUCAACUGAAGGCAAUGUGUAUGUGAAAUGUCCAACCAUUCCUGCUGCCAUGGCUGCUGUUAAUGCGUUACAUGGUCGGUAUUUUGCAGGUAAAAUGAUCACGGCGGCAUACGUCCCUCUCCCAACAUAUCACAAUCUCUUCCCCGACUCUGUGACGGCUACCCAACUCCUGAUACCUCCUGCUCGCCGAUGAUCUCUUACAGCAAGACAUAAAAACCAGAUUGGUUGGACACUGUAUUGUUAUAUAUUUCCCUCCCCAUUUUCUCUUUUCACUAGUUAGACAAUUUGUCUGUGGUUGGUUUUUAAGCCCUGCAUAUUAUGGCAGUAUGUUUUUCUUUUGUUAGUAUAUUACAUCUUUUUUUCUUUCCCCAACAUGUUUUUUGGAUACUUUUUUUGCGUUGGUGGUAAAAAGAUUCAAAGCUUUACUUGCGUUGCCACAUCCAAGCGUGUUGGGCAUUGAGGCUGAAGGUCUGGCCAGUCUAAUAAAGGGAUUGUAGUCCCUGGACAUUUUAACUUUUGUCAAGUUCAUUCUUGUUCACUUUGUCUUGUGCUUGAUAGCUUUGAUGGGCAUGUUUUCCCUGCAGAGGUUUAAAA